AUGAAGGUGGUUAGGAAUCUGUUCAUAGAGUUGUCAGAGAACCUUGACAAGUUCUCAACACUGUUGUUUACUCUUAUUACAGCAACAAACACUAUGUUCAUAGAACAGCAGAAGGAGAUGAUGCUUCUGGUUUUGACCAUUGUUCUGUACUCCUUCUUGGUGAUCAUUGGAACAAUACUUCAGAUGCAUAACAGAAGCCUUCUUCCAAUCAUAAUUUGUGGCAUGUUUCUUGUGGGAGGUGCUGCCUCAUUUCUGGCUUUGAAUAUCAUCUCAUUAAGUGUCGCUAUUGUCACUUUGGUUUUGUGGGUUGGAAUUUUGACAUUGGUUGUGUAUAUGUAUGUUGUCCCUCAAAGAAGUUCAUGUUUGUCGCUACCUCUCUAG